ACUCUGCCAAUCGCGCGAGCUGAGGACGUGACCGCCUCCCAGAUCAAAUCGACCUACCUCAUCGUGCCAGACUACGAAAUUAUCGACCCGCAGGCCCGCAGUCUCCCUCUGCCUUCUUCGGGAUGCCACUACAAGCUGCGGAACAACAUCGCCCUGCUCCUCUUCGGAACCUACGGCCUCGAGCUCCCUUCAUUCUUCCUCUACGACGCCGUCGAGGGCUUCACGAGCACCUUUGGCGUGUUCACUGAUCAUGCCCGCGAAUUCAACUUGGCAAUCGGCGGCGACCGGUGCCAAGUGUAUUGCGAGGGAGACAGCAGCAACGCCUACGAUCCGAGCGAGCCAGGCGUCACCUGUUCGGCGAGCUCUUCGAACUCGUUCGCCAUACUCUUGGAAGGCGCGACCCAGAACUGCAACUGCCCCACUACUGCCCUGGAUCCCCUGAAUGCAGUGGCCGUGGAACUUGCGACGGCGGUUUCCAGCCAGCCCGCUGCGUGUGCCCUUCUGGCUGGACUGGCUUCGCCUGUGAGAUACCGGACUGUCCGGGAGAACCAGCGUGCAGCAACAACGGCUUCUGUAAAACCGCGACGACGCCCUAUUGCCAAUGCCAGGCCAACUGGACCGGUCCUGCGGGCCAGCCUAACGAUUGCUCUGUGCCAAUAUGCAGCAACAACUGCACAAGCCCGGAGAACGGCGUGUGCACCGACGCCGACUCAGGCGUGCCCCACUGCCAAUGCUUCGAGGGGUGGGCGCUCGGCCCCGACCUCGACUGCUCCCUCGGGUGCGAACGAGUGCUCGGGCCGCGGGUCGUGCAACCGCACGUCGGGCCUGUGCUCGUGCCCUCCCGGUUGGCGCGGGGUCGACUGCUCGCACACCGACUGCCCCGGGUCGCCGGACUGCAACCACCACGGCGAGUGCGUGGUGAACGGCACGACGGACGCCGUCGAGUGCCGAUGCAGCCCCGGGUGGAUCGGCCCCGAUUGCUCCGUCGCCGAGUGUGCGGCGGGGGCCACGGAGUGCUCGAACCACGGCAAGUGCGUGGAUGUGGGGCUCGACCCGCCGCGUUGCGUGUGCGCGGCCGGGUGGACCGGACCCGACUGCUCGGUGGCGCUCACCGCCUGCGCCUCGGCCCCGAACUGUGACGUGUGCGUGGCGGGCAACGGCACCUCCAAGUACUGCACCGCCUGCAAUGGAGACUGGCGCGGCGCUGACUGCAACACUCCGUACUGCCUUUCGGUGAACGACUUCUCGGUCUUCCCCGAGUGUUCCGGCCAUGGCUCCUGCUUGGCGGGCGGCGCUGCCCAGCCAGCAUGCCAGUGCCGGCCUGGAUGGGCGAGCGGUCCCCUCAACGACUGCUUCUCACCCACAUGUGCUGCGGCCCAGGGCCAGGCGGAGUGCUCUGGCCACGGCGCCUGCUCUACUGAUCUGGCCAGCCCCGCGUGCAUGUGCGAUCCGUACUUCUACGGCAACUCGUGCUCCAUUUAUGAACCGAUGUGCCCGGGCUUCCCGGACGAGUGUACGGACAGCGAGCACGGGACGUGCGUCAACGGGACGUGCCAGUGCGGCGACAACUGGCGCGGCUCCGACUGCUCGGUGGUGCGGUGCCCCGGCGCCGAGGAGAACUGCAACGGCCGCGGCCGCUGCGACUCGAGCGUCGAACCGGCUGAGUGUCGGUGCGACGCGCGCUGGACCGGUCCCGACUGCGCCACCCCGAUCUGUCCGGGCGAUUGCUCGGGCAAUGGCCAGUGCAACGGCGACACGAACCCGCCGGUGUGCAUGUGCCUGCCGUUCUGGGGCGGCGCCGACUGUUCCGAGUCGCAGGAGCGCGGCAGCUCCUCGAGCGACCAGUCCACAACCUACGCCGCCGUCGGUGGCGCUCUCGGAGGAGGAGCGGUGGCGCUGGUGGUGGGCGUGGCGGCCGCGUACGGCGUGUUCAAGGGCCUGGCCGCCUACAAGACCUACCAGAUCAACAAGGGGCUCAACAUCGGCCAGGUCAACUUUGCACUCGACGAGGCCCACGACACUCUGUGA